UAGAAAAGGAAACUACUUAACCUUACCUGAUUGCUAGCGUUUGUCAGGUUUAUAUGUUUACUCGCGUACUUUGCUUUUGCUAUCUUCAAAAUUAAUUUAUGCAUAUAUUUAAAUAACAAUCCGGCAUGCACGUCAUUCGAAUUAAUGCAAAAAAUGUGGUAUACAUAAUCUUGGCUAUUUUAUCAACAUCAGUCAGAGAAGCUCAUAUGGGUUAUGAAGAAAGUAUCUCAAAUUAUGCAAUAAAUACAAAUUCGACACCUGCUUAUAACAUUAGAAAGGAACAGUAUGGCACAUGUCCAUCUGGAGGUUUAUGUUCAGAGUUAAGCAUUGAAUGUUUAACAUGUAGUCUCAAUCAAAAUUGUAUUUAUGGUGCUACUUAUAAUGCCAACUGUACUGUUCUAAGCCAAAUUGAUUGUGUGGGCAAAAUCAACUUUGCUAAACCAUAUAUUUGUCGUUAUUGUUAUCAAACUGAGAAGUGGGAACAUGAUUGUCAUCAGAAAAAUUCUUGUAGUUCAGUUGCAUCACCACGGCAAUAUUAUCGCACAAACUGCACAGUAAAAAGUAAUGUACUGUGUUUGGGAAGAAGAAAAUUUUUGAAAAAUUUACCAUGCAAUUGGACAGGUGGUUACAGAUGGUCAACAGCUCUUAUCUUAAGCAUAACAUUGGGAGGUUUUGGAGCAGACAGGUUUUACUUGGGCCACUGGCAAGAAGGCAUAGGUAAACUGUUUAGUUUUGGUGGUCUUGGAGUAUGGACAUUGAUUGAUGUUAUGUUAAUAUCAAUGAGGUAUUUAGGACCUGCUGAUGGUUCAUUGUACAUUUAAUAAAUAGUAUUAACGUUUUUUUUAAAGUUUUGAAAUUAUUUAUAAGCUUGAUUGAUAUUAGUUUAAACUGUAUAUAUUAUUAUUACAAAAUAAAUGUUGAUAUUUUUAUAAAAACAAAA